UAUAAUCUUUGAUUAUGAUUAAGUACAUCAAGGGAGACCUAUUCAGUCACACUCCAAUUGACAAGUCCGUAUCGAUUUUGGCCCACGCAUGCAAUUGUCGUGGUAGCUGGGGUGCUGGGGUUGCAAGAGUGUUCCAAAGCAAGUUCCCAUCUGCUUAUGAAAAAUACGUUGACCAUUGUUCCCAGCACUCGUCUGAUCCGUCCAAGCUUCUAGGAACAUCCUACUUAAUUCCCACAUCGUCUUCGGACCCUGGAAAUAGAAAUGGCCAUCAAUUCUACGUUGCUUGCUUAUUCACCAGUGAUUUUGCCGGUAGAAAGAAGCUAACCCCUAAAGACAUUGUUGCAAACACCAAUCUCUCAAUGCAACAUCUAUUGUCACAGGUGGAAGAAUUACAAACCCACGGUACCAAGUUUGAGAGCAACGACUCGUCAGACCUAAUAGUGGUCAAUAUGCCCAAAAUCAACGCUGGCUUGUUCAAUGUGCCUUGGGAAGACACCGAGCAGGAGUUGCAGCAGUUCGACGUGGACAUCAACGUCUAUGUCAUUGACUAAAGCACCGUCCAUGCCAUCGGGCAAAGCACCGUCCCCAUGGGUCAUAAUGAUGCCCUUUCUUUGUAUGCUCGACAAAAUAAACCAAAAAAAAAAAAAAAUUUAAGCCUAUAAGAAUUCAUAUAUAAGUAAUAGUCUUCUUUCUCUACGAAUGACAUAAAAUGAAUAUAUA